AUGUCGCACUUCGGAAGGUCAGGUCCGCCGGACAUCAGCGACACUUACUCUCUUCUCGUCCUCAACAUCACCUUCCGUACAACUGCAGAUGACCUCUAUCCUCUAUUCGCAAAGUAUGGAAAAGUGGUGGAUGUGUUUAUCCCCAGAGAUCGAAGGACUGGUGAUUCGCGUGGUUUUGCAUUUGUUCGAUAUAAGUAUAAAGAUGAAGCUCACAAAGCAGUGGAAAGGCUUGAUGGAAGAGUUGUUGAUGGCAGAGAAAUUACUGUUCAAUUUGCAAAAUAUGGCCCAAAUGCUGAGAAGAUUUCCAAAGGAAGAGUUGUGGAACCACCUCCAAAGUCAAGAAGGUCAAGAAGCCGUAGUCCACGAAGGAGCGGUAGUCCAUAUAGACGUCGUAGUCCUAGGAGAAGCCGUAGUCCCCGCAGGAGGUCCCGAGAUGAUUACAGGGAAAGAGACUACCGGAAGAGGAGCAGAAGCAGAAGUAGAAGCUAUGACAGGCGUGAAAGGCAUCAAGAGAAGGAUAGAUAUCAUCGUCGGCGCAGUAGGUCUCGUAGUGCUAGCCCAGAUGACAAACGCAGAGUCAGAGGCCGUUAUGAUGAUGAGAGCCGCAGUCACAGUCGCUCCCUGAGUGCCUCUCCUGCUCGCCGUAGCCGCAGCCCUAGAGAUGUUUCUCCUGACAGGCAAAGCAAACAGAGGUCUCUGUCUCCUGAUCCCCACAACCGUAGUCCAGAAAGUCCCUCCUUGCGAAAGUCCUCUCCUACUAAUGAUUUGUCUCCUGAGAGGAAGAGCAAUGAUAGGUCCCCAUCUCCUGGUAGCCGUUCUCCUCGGGACAAAGCUCGUAGUCAGUCUCCUUAUGCUGAGGAAUGA